AAAACUCCCCUUCAAUCUCCCACCACCAACAACUUCUUCCUAACACUACCACCUUCUGUCAACUUACUUCUCCAAAGGCUUCUUUCUUCCACCAUGGCUGCUUCUACCAUGGCUCUCUCUUCCCCAUCUUUCGCCGGAAAGGCGGUGAAACUUGCCCCGGAGGUUCUUGGUGGUGGACGGAUCAGUAUGAGGAAGACCGGCAAGCAAGUCCCAUCUGGAAGCCCUUGGUACGGUCCAGACCGAGUCUUGUAUUUGGGUCCAUUGUCUGGUGAUCCCCCAUCUUACCUCACUGGAGAAUUCCCUGGUGAUUAUGGUUGGGACACUGCUGGGCUUUCAGCCGAUCCAGAAACUUUUGCCAAGAACCGUGAGCUUGAGGUGAUUCACUGCAGAUGGGCCAUGCUUGGAGCUUUGGGUUGCGUCUUCCCCGAGCUUUUGGCCCGCAACGGUGUCAAGUUCGGCGAGGCUGUGUGGUUCAAGGCCGGUGCCCAAAUCUUCAGCGAGGGUGGGCUUGACUACUUGGGCAACCCUAGCUUGAUCCAUGCCCAAAGCAUUCUGGCCAUCUGGGCUUGCCAAGUUAUCUUGAUGGGGGCUGUUGAGGGUUACCGUAUUGCCGGUGGGCCACUAGGAGAGGUGACAGACCCGCUCUACCCCGGCGGAAGCUUUGACCCAUUGGGCCUAGCUGAUGAUCCAGAGGCUUUUGCAGAGCUCAAGGUGAAGGAGAUCAAGAACGGAAGACUGGCCAUGUUCUCAAUGUUUGGGUUCUUUGUUCAGGCCAUUGUGACAGGAAAGGGACCAUUGGAGAACCUGGCUGACCAUCUUGCUGACCCAGUUAACAACAAUGCUUGGGCUUAUGCUACCAACUUUGUCCCCGGCAAGUGAGAGAGCUUCUUCAUGAGAGGAAUUGUAUUACACUCGCUCAAUCACUGUUUCGUAGAAUUGGUGUGAAUUAAUGAAGAAAUAUGCUUUGAAUUUUGUGUGCUCUUAUUCUCCA